ACAUUCAGCUUUGCAAUUUAUCUUUGAAGAAAAUAAGAACAAACUAAAGAGCAAUAUGGCAACAAAAAACCAUGUUCGCUCUAAUAGUUUUCCAUCUCAAUCUCAUCCUAACUCAACAAGAAUAGAACAAGAGCUAAGCAAAAUCAAGACAUGGGAAACCACAUCAACAUCCACAUCUGAUUCAAUUACCAUUGGCCUUUCUUUGCUGGAAGAUUUGUAUACUUCAUUGGAAGAUUUUCUCAAUAUGGCAUCAACACAAAAGGCCAUUUCUCGGCAUCAAGGUGAGAAUUUUGUGGAAGAGUUGUUGGAUGGUUCGGUGAAAUUUUUGGAUGUUUGUGGUAUUACAAGAGACACCAUGUUAGACAUUAAAGAAAAUGUUGAAGCCCUUCACUGUUCUCUUAGAAGAAGAAAGGGAGAUUCAAGCAUCGAAUCAAGUGGAGCCGAAUAUAACUUCUUCACAAAAAAGAUGAAGAAAAAUGUCACAAAGUUGAUCACAUCUCUAAAACAAAUGGAAAGUAAAUUUGGAGCUUCCACACUUUUGAACCAAGAUCAAGAAGUUGUUUCUGUGAUAAGAGUUCUUAGAGAGGUUAUAGUAAUGAACAUGUCUAUCUUUCAAUCCACUUUGUCUUUCUUGGCUUCCAAGUCAAAGGCAACCAAAUGGUUGAAAAUGGCAAAGUUGAUGCAUAAGAAGAGAAUAUCAUGUGAGGAGGAGAAUUUAAAUGAAUUGCAGCGUGUGGAUGCAUCCUUAAGAACCCUUUUACGCGAAGGUUCUGAUGUUGCCAAGAUGCAGGUUGCACUUGAAAGUUUUGAAGCUUUGGAGAAUGCAAUUGAAGGGUUAGAGAAAGGUUUGGAAAGUGUAUUUAGGUGUUUGGUUAAAACUAGAGUUUGUCUUUUGAACAUGACUCAAUAGUUUGAUGGGUCUUUAUUUUCUCCCCAAAGCAAAAGCAUCCAAAUUUUAAGGAUCUGCUGAGGAUUGAAAAAAAAUUGUUUGUAUACAUACAUAUAUCAUGUGUAAAUUCUAGAACAAAGUAGAUAUCAUGUGUAAAAUCUAAAAUAUUAAGCAUAGAAUAAAAGUAGUAUAAUUCCUUUUUUCAAUGAAAAUCUACAUACAAUAACUUCAAAAUGGUUUAACAAUUCAUCAGCUUCAACUUACUACCACUUUGAAAGCC